AUGGAGACAUCCCAGCCUCUUUCAAUUGACAGCUUUUCAUAUAGUUGGUUAGUGAAUAUAAAGCCAUCUCUAGAGAGCUCAGGCAACAAUUCCUUUAGGACUUCACUUGAUGCUUCCGAUGAAGCUGCUUCCUCCUUCAUCGAGAUGGACCCAAGAAUGCCACCCUCCAAGAGAUUUUUUAGGAACUCUCAAGAUUUUAAAUUUGAUUUCCCUGUCUCGCCGCCUUCUCUCACAUUUGUACAUGCUGAUCAGCUGAUUUCCAAUGGUUGUCUUGUGCCUUUUUUCAUUGAUCCAGUGAAAGUUCAGAAAUACGAGGAUGAAGAUUUCAAUCCAAAUCUUCCAAAAUCUUCCCAUAUAGAAAACGACGUCCAUCCAGCCAAUACUUCUGACUGCUCGUCAAUGAGAAAGUGUCGGAAACUAUCGAAGAAAGUGUUGCAAAAGUAUUUGAGUUUUUUCAAGCCAUUGUACCAAAGAAUACGAGGUCAUAGAGCAUCAAGUUCUAAACCAGAAAAUGUUGGUAGAAGAUCCAAAUCUAUGAAGAAUUGGGAAUAUUCAUAUGAAGCAUCGCCGCGGAUAAGCGUAGCUUACUCUGCCGAUGAUUGGCGAAGAUCCUGUGAUUCUGAGAGCUCAAUCUAUGAGGCAGUCCUCCAUUGCAAGAAAUCUAUAGGAAGAUAAGAUCGAGUAAUUUCCAAUGAAAAAUCAGGAGAAAGAAGUGAAAACAGAGAAGAUGAUAAUAAACAAAAGAGCAAUUCAAGACAAACAAACAGAGGAGAAAAUUGAGACAUAAAAUCAUAACAUCCACUAAGUUUUUUGUCCCUUUCUUCUACUUUUUCUUAGAUUCAAAUGUACCAUACCAUUUUGUCUGUGAGGAAAGUAGAAGCUGUAUAAAUUAAUAGCCUUGAAAUUUUCAGACCUAACAGAGGAACAGUAAGGGUCCCCAUAAAUAUUGUUUGUCAUUGACUGUUAUGUAAUAAAAACCCCUAUAGCAAGAGAACACUUGUUUCGGUAUGCCCGUGACCGAGCAGGUUCCUUGAGGUAAAUAUUCAAAUGCCAUAUGAAGUUGACGAAGAUGAAUAUAAAUUUUGUUCUUUA